UACAUUGGUGGAAAUGCAGGAGCACUUACGAAUCAUUGUGAAGUAGACUUAGAUAGAAUUUGGAUUCAAUGUGCUGAACUGUUGAUUCAAGUUAGAUUCACAAGGAUGACUAUUAUGAGAUUAUGGGAGUCUAUGUCAGUAGAUUUACAAUGAAUUCUGAAAAGCAACGUGAUUCAGUCCUGUCAGUCCCAUCCGCGGCUGCCAUGCCUGAAAGACAAUCAGAGAACAUUACAAAUGGGAAUAAAACAGAUAACCCGAGAAGUGUGUCACUUCUCGACUUUGGUUCCGACCCCAGGUUGAAAAAGUCAUCGGAUGAUUUACGAUUGUCGGAUAAUUUACAAUCAUCGGAUAAUUUGCGAAGGAGCAGUAUCAAGAAAUCUUUGGAUGAUUUAUAUAUGACUGGUGAUAAUGGUGGAAACUGUGACAGUAUUCCUAGCUUGUCUGGUGCUUCUAAUAUUGAUGCAAGUCCAGAUAGCGUCCACAGGAAAAACAAUGCUGAUAAAGUUGCCAAAAGCUUGUCGCUCCUCUACCUUGGGGCUAGUCCACGUUUAGGGAAGUCUUCAGAUAAUCUUGACCCUAAAGCAAAAAACAGGGAAAAGAAGAGUUUGUUGUCGUUUGGGUUGAAACGGUUUCGCAAGCCGUUCUCUGUGCGAUCCAAUCCACAGCUUGCUAGUUCGCUGGAAGUUAGGGGAAAAUCAAAAUGUGAACGACUUGCUGCCAGUUCGAAUCCUGAGAUUGAGAAAUCAGCAGAGGAUCUUGAUAGAAAGAGACGGACAAGUGCAACACAGAAACUUCUGUUCUUCGCAUCGAAACAUUUCAAGGGGCGGUCAUCAGAGAGCCUUAGUAAAGGUGGAAAGAGUGUGUCCUUGGAUUCUGUGAGGUCAAAGUCAAAGCAGGAUGGCUCGUUAGAGAAGAUCUCUGGUAAGGAAAAUCCUAAGGCAAAAGGAGUGUUUGGUAAUUCCUUCGGAUCGAAACAUUGGGCUAAGAAACUUUCAAACAGCCUAACCAGAAAGAAGAAAUCACAUGACCUUGAGAAAUCAUGCGACAUUGAGAAAUCACAUGAGAUAAAGAUCUGUGCACCAGUGAAAUCUGUUGAGCCACGUUCGGAAGUUGACCCUCUCACUGAAAACUUGAAAUAUACCACACUACCAAUACACUUCGGGACGAAACUUAAGAGACAUCUCUCAUUUAAUCAUAGCAGGGAAAAGGAAUUGGAUGCUGCUGGAAAAAGUUCAUCCAUUUCUGAUGCAAAGUUGAAUAAAACGCCAGAAAAAAGCAGUAGGACGGCCAAGGAUUAUUUGAAAGAAAAGGGUGUGCGUUUGUUUUCGUUUGGGUCCAACCGCUGGGCCAAUAGACCUACUGAUUUUGGGAACGGGAAAGUUCAGAAUUUGGACACGAGUGGGUUGAAUAAGUCAGCAGGGAAUUUGUGCGGGCAGGAGCGGGUCACGUCUAAAAGGGCAUUUCCUAAUGUACAGUGCCCUGAAAUGGGCCGGAAAAGAGCAUUUUCAUUACCUAAUGAGGAUAUUGGGCAUGAAAGUGUGUCGACAUCGUCAAAUGAGACAAGGGCAUUAGCUAGCGAGAAAAAGGCAUAUCUAGGUGCGAUUGGUUGGAACCUGAAGGUCAACCUGUCCUUGGAUAACUUGAGGAAGAAUAACCAGUUUGCCAGUAAUGGAGACAAUCUGACCUUUCGGUCGAAUCCGCUUGUCGACAAGGUGACAAAAACAGUCGCUUAUGAGAAUGCUGCAUUUUGUGAGGAGAAAAGAGAGCCUUUGAAGGAGCAUGCUGCAAAAACGCUGCUGCAGAAGGCGCGUUGGUUUGAGGGUCUUCCUGAGACAAAGGAUGAGAAGAUCAGUCUUCCUUUGCCUGGGUCAAGCGUUGGUUUCGAGGAACCUGCAGGGAAUGCCUUUGGGGAGAUCUAUCCCAAUUGUAGGGUAAAAAAAGCAAGUCUCCGUUCAGAGAUGCAGUUCUUGGAGAGGGACACCUCGAUGGAAAGACCGAGGAAAAAGGGUUAUGUCGAGCAGUUAAGGAUUGGUGCGGCAAAGAUAGGGAAAGUUCCCAGUAUUAUUAGCGGCAAUGCUCAGCUGAAUUCAGGGUCCAUCGCAAAUCUUUCAGCUGAUGGGAUGCAGUUUGAAGUGGACAAGUCACUUGCCAAUGAAGAAGUUGUAAAGGAAAAUGGUGCUUCCAUUCUGCCUGAUGUGUCAACUUUGAUGGUUGAUAAAUCGUCACGUAGUGAAACUUACCCAAAUUGUCAGGUGAAAAAAGCAAUCCUUCAGACCGAAUGGGCUGGCAUUGAAGCUGAAGAACUGUCAGAAAGUACAAGUCGAAAAUACAACCUUGGGGCAAAGGGGCGAGGCCCAUUUCUGGUCUCGACUGGUUCUGUUCCUGUAAGCAUUGUGUCAGGUGAGAGGGUUGAGAAGUCUAAGUCUGUCGAGAACUUGAACAAAUCCGUGUUGAGUUUGGACAAAUCUAUUGAUAAUUCAAACAAAUCCACGAAAACUCUUGACAGAUCUCUUGACAGUAUUAACAGGUCGAUUAAAGUUUUGGAUCAGUCUCUUGAUAAUUUCUACGAGGAGGUCAUCCUCAGUUGCGGGCAGAAUCUUUCAAAGGAUUAUCUGACUGUAGGAUAUACCAGUCGGGGCUUGGAACGGAGGAAAAGCAUAUCGCUUCCGACGAUCGUGGUCGAUGAGUAUGGGUCAGCGGACUCUUUGGAUGAAUCUGCAGUUUACGCGUCUGCAUCCUCAGUAGAUGCGUACAUCAAGAGCUCGACGCUUGAUGCGCGCACACCCACUAGCACACCUAGCCCUGCAGAAACUUCAUAUGAGCGGGCGAUCGCCGGGUCGUUAGAUCGGCGCUGCAGCAUCCCCAUCGUGACCGAGCCGAGUAACUCGGACGAAAACAUGGAGGGCUCGUCGUCGCCGGCUUCAAGGUUUGCGAAUUUCUUCACAAAGAAGGGAUUUAAGAGCAACCUAAAGCGCACAAAAAGUGUGACAAAAUUGGAUCGGAAGAGAGCCGGAUCUGCUCUGGAACAUGAUCCCGGCUCCAAGGGCAGUUCCCUCAAACGUAGCUUUAGUCUCGGGCGAAUCAGUCGGAAAACCGCAGAGGCUUCUUCAACAACUAGUACUUCUCAUAAACCCCCUGACGAAAACAAAUUGAGGCCUCCGAUCCCGACAAGAAUGCGAACAUCGCGAUCUCAUGAAUCUCUCCUGAUAGCUCCCUCAAUGUUUCACACAGUCGACCUCAGCGCUAAGGACACGGACGUUCGUCCGCUUCAUCAAAGUUUACUCAACCAGAACCACUGUUUCCAAGUGUCAAAUAAAAGCUGCCAUAAAUACUAUUCUUGCCGAUCUGCCGCUGAACGCGAGAAGUGGUUACAAAGUUUACGGAAGACGAUGUCCCCUAACCAGGACCAGAUGCGACGGGUGAAUAAUUCCCUCCAAUUAUGGGUGCUAGAGGCCAAAAACGUGACCACAAAGAAGCGAUAUUUCUGUGAAAUAUGCCUCGACAGAACGUUAUACGCUAGGACGUCAUCAAAAACCAAGGGUGACAUGUUGUUUUGGGGAGAGCAUUUUGAUUUCAACAACCUUCCCGACGUUGAGAUUAUCACGGUGAAUAUCUACAAAGAGGCCGAGAAGAAGAGAAAGAAAGAGAAAAACUUAUUACUAGGCUAUAUCAAUAUACCUGUGCAUGAGGUACGGAAUCGAACGUUAGUGGAAAGAUGGUACACUGCCAGUUCAGGCUUGGUUGGCAAGGGUAAAGAGAAUAAGGGUGAGCUACCACUCAUCCGGAUCAAGGCCAGAUUCCAGACAGUCAAUAUCCUACCCAUGGAAAUGUAUCAAGAUCUUAUACAGUGCUUGAGUGAGGACUAUCAGACAUUAGUCGACGUGCUCGAACCUUUGGUUAGUGUGAAGGCGAAGGAAGAGGUCGCCACAUCACUGGUCCACGUCUUUCAGAGGUUAAACAAGGUCAAGGACCUCUUGACCAACAUUGUGAUGGUAGAGAUUGAUAGGCUAGAAAAUGAACACAUGACAUUUAGAGGCAAUAGUAUAGCUACGAAAUCCAUAGAAGCAUUUAUGAAACUUGUUGGGGAAAAGUACCUUCAAGACACAUUAAGUGAGUUUGUCAAGACGAUCAUCGACGCCCCUGACGACUGUGAGGUCGACCCUACUAGGCUAGCCAACCCUCAGUCCCUGCAGCGGAACCAGACCAACCUCGUCAUGUACUGCGAGAUGGCCUGGUGCAAGAUCAUCAACAGCUUUUGUUAUUUUCCGAAGGAACUCAAAGAAGUGUUUGCCAGCUUCCGUGAAUGUUGCGUUGAGCGUAAUCGUGAAGAGACAUGUGAUAACCUGAUCAGUGCCUCCAUCUUCUUACGUUUUCUCUGUCCGGCCAUCUUGUCACCCAGUCUCUUCGGACUCAGUCAAGAGUACCCCAAUGAGAAGGCAGCCAGGAACCUGACCCUCAUCGCCAAGACCAUACAGAAUCUCGCCAACUUCACCAAGUUUGGUGGUAAGGAGGAGUUUAUGACGUUCAUGAAUGACUUCGUGGAACAAGAAUGGGGAACAAUGAAGAGCUUCCUCAGAAAAAUAUCGACACGGGAAGAAACUACCAACCUCCUGGAGUUUGACGGCUAUGUGGAUCUCGGCCGAGAGCUCUCCAUCCUCCAUUCACUUCUCAUCGAGACUCUGGAUAAGGUAUUCACGCUUCAGCCGGGCGAGGCCAGAUUAACACGGCUCACCACAACGCUUGCCAGAGUAACCGAUGCCCUUGAUAAUCCAUCGCAAACUCUCAAGAGGAAACCGUCAUCGGGCGGCGCCGCAAACUAUGAUAACUUGAGUUUAUACAGCAGCUCGUCAUCAACGAAAGAGAACGAUACGCCAAAAUUGAACAUGCGGGAUUAUAACGAUGCAGACUUGUCACGUGUGAACGACAAAUCUGUGAUGCAGAACUUAGCGCGGGCGCACCGGAGUUACAGUUUGACUGGUGGGUCCCGCUCAGGCGUCGCCCAUGACUUGAACACUGCCGACGAUUAUGUACUCUUUGGUGCUUUGGAGGAGAAUCCCAACUUGAGUCCGAGUACUUCGAAUCGAGCUGAGAUAAAAGACUUGAAAGCUAACGAGCAUAAACUGAACCAGUCAUGGAAUCAGAUGCUUAAAGCUGCGGAGGUUGUCAAUGGCGAUGUGAUGGACUUGAUCGCAUUUGUUGAUGAGGGGCAUGGAGAGGGACCAAAUACAUCCCUUGAUCAGGAUAAUGGGAGCCAAAUCUCAAUUAGCCAGGUUUCUAACGUGGCGAGUUCAGGGUAUCAGUCAUUCGGUUACAGCCAGUCGAGCUCACCGGUAGACCCGUCGGUAUUGCAUUCGGACCAGCUUACAAACUCUAAUACCAACUCCAACAGAUCUCCUGUGACGCAACAACGGACUCAACCCCUCUCGUUUUCAAAUCCUGUUUACCGGUUAAACGCAGGUUUGGCGAAACUGCCGAAACCGUCAAAAGCUUCACGGUCAAGUUCAGUGAGUUCAGAAGACGAUGGAAUACUUCUGACACGGAUGCCUACGCCGCCAAAAAAUGUCUCUUCGAAACCGCCAACGGAUUUAGCAGUGCCAAGAAUGAAUACCAUAAACUCUGCAAGUGAGGAGUGCUUAACGAUGCCACCUAGUGGACUACAGCGACAUCAUCGGUCGGCAUCUUUAACGUCGGCACCAGGGUUUUAUCGUAGUGUUUCUAAUUCCACUUCGCCCCUGUCACCUAACCACCCGAUGGCUAACCAGGAGGGUUUUUGGUACAAGGAGGGGAACCUCCAGACAAAUAACCUUUCACAAAGCGUGGACUUAACAUCGUACAAUCACCACAACCAACAACAACAACGGCGGCCAAUGCGGCGGACGUCGACGGACACUGUGAUCUCACAAUCGCAAUAUCAGUACCCGGACGGGCGGGGGGCUACGAGUCCCCCAGAAAGCCCCAGAUACGGUAGUCUGACCUACAGCCAAAGACGUGCAUCACUGCCACAGAAUAACGUGCGGAUGGGUGUACGUAUUGUUCAGCGUAAACUGCAUGAACAGGAGAAAACAAAAGAACAGGUAAUGGAGGAAUCAUGGUACGAAUCAGAGUUAAACGCCUUGUCCAAGAUGUUGGCAGAAACACAACAUAAACUGCAGGAUGCCGAAUGCCGAUUAACCCAACAAGAUAGCUCAAAAACAGACUUAAUGCGUGAAUGGCAACAACGUCUGGUAGAAACGGAAUCAGCCGUGAAACGGCAACAAAUGGAAAAGGAAGAGCAGUCGAAACAUUUAAUACAAAGGUAUAGCGGUCGUUCUGAAUCCCACCUACAGGAGACCCAACUACGUCAACAACAACAACAACAGCAGCUACAACGACCGUACUCCGAUUACCGGGCGGAGUCGUGUCCACAGUUGCUGAGCCGACAUCACCGACAAGAAUCCGAGAGCCCGCCAGUUAUUUUACGCCAUUCACAAAAUCAAGCAAAUAUAAAAUCUAGAUUAGUUGGAAUGGAGAACGAACUCCGCCGUGAACAGACGGAGAUGUCAUCGAUUCUGUCGCAGAAACAGAACGUGAUAACGUCACAAGAAAAGCGCAUCCAUAACCUGGACGUUGCCAACUCUCGCCUCCUGGGGGCGCUGGGACAGCUGAAGGAUCGUUAUACAGUGCCAAGUCGAAAUGGAAUUGCUAACAGUAAUAUGCCAAGGGCGCAGUUGUCCAUGACUGAGAGUGGCGAGUUUAAGAACAGUUCGUGUUAAGAAUCUAAUCAGGACAUUGUGUUGAGAACUAGAACACGGAAGAAAGACCUCAUAGAUUGCUAAAUAGUCUGGUGCGCCAAAGGCCUUAGAUGUCCAGGUACUUGGUUUGUGCUGGAUACGGUUGAGAGAAGACAGAGUGGCAAAUUAGUCAUCUUGCAAUCAUAAGUGAUGUUCUGUUGUUGUUGCUUCAGUUGCCAUGGUGAUGUGGCAUGUCAUGUGAUAUUGUGUUGUCAUAUCACGUGGUUGCUAUGGUUAUGUGUAAACAGUUCUUGUUUCCAUGGAUACCAAGAGUGACGUCACUUUGAGUUUUAAAAGUACACAGCUACACUUUGUUAUGGAUUGUUCAUUGUUGCUAAGGAGUUUUAUGGUUGCUAAGCAACCACCUACUUGGAAAGUUGGAUUAACAGGACCAGCAUGAAAGUGGGUGUUCUGAAACACUCUUUGGGGAGAGGGAAACUUUGUCACUAGGCAGAAAGAUCUGCAGACUUU